AUGAAAGGUGUAUUGAGAUUUGGAAAGAAAGAAAAGUUGAGAUCACUGUUCAUUGGAUCUUUCAAAAUUCUUGAAAGGAUUGGUAGUUUGGCGUACAGACUUACCUUACCACCCAAACUAACAACGGUGCAUAAUGUGUUCCAUGUUUCGAUGCUAAGAAAAUAUGUUCAUGAUCACAAUCAUGUAAUAAGUUACCAAACUUUGGAGGUACAAAAAGACCUGUCAUAUGAAGAAAACCCGACAAUGAUUUUGGAUAGAAAAGUACAUCAACUCAGAAACAAAGUUCUCCUGGUGAAAGUGCAAUGGCAAAAUCAUGGACGAGACGAGUCAACAUGGAAGAAGGAAGAGAAGCUUAAAACCAAGUAUCCGGAACUAUUCAAUUAG